CCAUCCCAGGGCGUGAGACUGCUCCCCACCAUGAGGCUUCUGGUCCUCUCCAGCCUGUUGUGCAUCCUGCUUCUCUGCUUCUCCACCUUCUCGGCGGAAGGUAAGAAGCAUGUUGUCAAGCCCGGGAGGGGCCGGCCCUGCUGCCCCAAGUCUCCUAACCCUGAGCAGGCCAUCCUGAGAGGACGUCAUGUGAAGUCUUGCAGACCGUGCAAGCCCAGGCAAGGGAACCCCAUUUGGGUGGUGCCCGGGGCACUCCCACAAAUGUAGUGCUCCCCAAACUAGGCUCCAUCCAGCUGAGACCUCAUGCCCAGUGCCUGCGGUUGCCCCAGGGUGCUCCCCCUGAAGCUGGAGCUGGUUUCAAAGGUCCCACGGGGCUCUGACCUAUAGAAGCCUCCUCUUAAAGAUGCAACACUUCUUCCCUGCCACGUGAAUUGUGCUUGUGCUGCGUUUUAGAAAAGUCUGAACCAGAAUCUUCUGAAAACCACAACAUGGAUUCAAAGAUCGGAGCUCUGGAAUGCCAGUCUUGCUGUGCGGUCUCAAACAAGUGACCUAGCCUCUCUGGGCUUAUGUUGACUUCAGUGGUGUAAACUCCAGCAAGGGGAAACAACCAGGGAAGGCUCAUUGGCCCUGAUAUCAGUGGACUUCAUUCACCCCUUUGGAGCCUGCAUGGCAUAGCGAGCUGGGAUGUUGGAGUUUUACUUCUCCAGCAGCACAGGUCUGAUGGUCAUGGUGGAAAAGUCUGCCCACGUGUAUAUACAGGUCCCCUGCCCCCCCCCCCGGGAUUCCAGAACUCCAGAUCCUGGCCCCAAUCUUGCCACUGACCUUCAGAGAUAUUGCAAAGCAGGCUCAGCUCACCUGACCUCAGUCCCCACCUGCCUCCUCCAGCACUGAGAGUCUAGGAAUCCACCAUAACCUCUGGCAACCACAAACCCAGGGGCCCCCGUGCCUGCUAGGGUGUGGGGCAGCAGCCACCCCAGGAUGGCAGGCUGGAGCUGCAGAAGCUCAGCUGUCUUCAUAUGCACACUGCAUCCUGUCCUUAAACAUCCCGGCAGCUCCCUAACUUCCCA